UGUGUGCUCUUAUGUUGAAAAUCAUAGCCGGAAGUAGUUGGAAUACAUCAACUAGCUUAUUUUAUUCUGCAAAAAUGUCUUGCAAGGGUUCGCCUUCGAGAUUGAUUUAAGUUGUUCCAGCAGCAACCAAACCACGAAGGCAUGUGGCUGCUGCUGCUGCUCGGCAGCCUGCUGGCUCUGCUUUGCAGCCUAGACGUCUUCUACUUCCUGCGUGCAGCCGGCGUGCUGCUGCGGGCUUGGCUGCAAGCUCCCGUGUGGGACGUGACGGCGGAGCAGGUGGUGAGCGGCCACGUCUCCCCGCGCGACAUGGACAUGUGUCACAUGAACAACGCCCGCUACCUGCGCGAGUGCGACUUUGCCCGCUUCUCGCUGUACGUGCGUAACGGCGUCUUCAAGGCGCUGCGGGCGCUGAAGGCCUCCAUGGUGGUGGGCGCCACCACCAUUCGCUACCGCAGGGCUCUGCGCGUGGGCGAGGGCUACGAGCUGAAGAGUCGCGUGGUCACCUGGGACGACAAAGCCUUCUUCCUGGAGCAGAGGUUCGUGUCCCGCCAAGACGCGCGGGUGUGUGCCGUCAUGUACUGCCAGCAGAGGGUGCUGCACAGCAGCCCUGACAGCAUCAUGCAGCAUCUCUGUAAACGCAGAGUGGAACGUCCAGAGUUCCCAGAUGACCUCCAGCAUUGGGUCAACUUCAUCUCAGCCAGCAGCCAGACGCUCCGAGCAGAGUGUGGCCUGCAGGACAAACAGAAAUGAAUCAACAUCAACGUUGGGAAGAUAAGAGUUGGGAUUUAUGAGCCAAGAAGUUCGACUUCUACCUUUUUUCUGCGUAUCAGUGCUGGGAUGAACACGUUUAUGGCUCACUAAUCAUUAGGGGGCAUAUUUUCAUGGGAUUUAAAGUUGGCUAUGAUAUGCUGUGAUCCGUGUUAUCAUGUUUGUUUACACAUUCAAACAUAUAUAUAUAUAUGUGUGUGUGUGUAUAUAUAUAUAUAUAUAUAUAUAUAUACACACACACACACAUAUAUAUAUACUGUCGGUACUUGUGGUACUGUGGUAUAUAUAUAUAUAUAUAUGUAUAUAUAUAUAUAUAUAUACAUACAUACAUACACCAGGGGUCACCAACCCAUUUGAAACCAAGAGCUACUUCUUGGGUACUGAUUAAUGCGAAGGGCUACCAGUUUGAUACACACUUAAAUAAAUUGCCAGAAAUAGCCAA